AUGGCGACAUUCACUGAUCCGCUCGACUCCAUCACCGAUCCGAGCGACUGGGCCGACUCCACCUUCCCAAACCUGUCCAAGCUGGACUCGCUUCUUCGCUGCCAUAUUUGCAAAGAUUUCCUAAAGGCCCCGGUGUUGACGUCCUGCGACCAUAUAUUCUGCUCUGUGUGUAUUAGACGCAGCUUGGAGAGCGACAAGAAGUGUCCUUUGUGCCACGAGGAGACGUACGAAAGCAAGCUGCGCAAGGUGCUUCUUCUGGACGAGAUAUCAACCUGGUUCACACGAAACCGACCAGAACUGCUUGACAAACACAGACCCACAGCGAAUAACACCCCGGAGCCUGUGGCUGCACUAGAGCCGGAAAAGCCUGCAGCGCCGCUCAGAUACGAGUCGCGCAAGAAACGCGCGGCGGAGGACCCGCUCGUGGAGUGUCCGGUAUGCUCCACGUUCAUGUCUGCGGACGAGCUGCAGACAUCCCAUAUAGACAGUUGUCUGUCCAACAAGCGAGCCAGGCCGAGCCCGAGCCGGCCGGUGAUUUCGAGUUUUUUCAAGAAAGAGCGCACGCCACAGACACAGCCCGAGUUCGUCAAGAAGAAGACCAAGAUCACCAAUUUGGACCCCACAAUAUCCACCAACAAGCUCAAGGAAAAGCUUAAUUAUUGGAACCUUCCGACAGGCGGGACACGGUACCAGAUGGAGACCCGUAUGAAGGAGUUCAUCAGCAUGUAUAACGCGAAUCUGGACUCGGUGAAUCCCGUCGACGACCGCGUGUUGAUCAACCGGCUCAUGAAAUGGGAAGGAACUUACUCGCUGAGCAAUACGGCGGGCGAUACGGCGGAGGAUGGUGCGCAGUGGCGCAGACGGCCAGAGCCAACAUGAACCGCAUCAAUACCAAAUUAGAUAGUACCGAUUAAUCUAUUCUAUUAUGUCCUUACUUUCCACCAGCUUGAGCGACGGGAUGUACGGCAUGCUGCCGAUGCUCAUUUUCGCGUCGGUGAGCUCCAAAGUGCGCUUCAAAACCCGCUGCACCACGUCGACUGUAUGUUUGAGUGACGUUUCGAGGUUCCUGGUGCGGUGGAAAAUGUCUGUGAGUAGUCCCAGAAACAGGUCCCCAGACCCAGAGAAAACUGCAGGAACCUGAUCUACCGGCACUGCAAACGUCCUUUCUGGGUCCAGACACCCUACGCAGUACAUUGCGCCAUCCAGGCUGACCGAUGUGAUCACGACGUACUGCACGUUGUAGAGAUCGUAGAACCGGGUAACACUAGCGGUAAGCGAGUCCCAGUCAGAAAUCUUGGUGUCUGUGAGCGUUUCCAUCUCGAACUGGUUGGGUGUUGUAAGCGUGACCAGGCCGGCUGGAUCCUUUAGGAUGCGUUUAUAGACAGGAAUGAGGUUUUGGUCGACGUACAGCUUGUCGUUGUCGCCGAGGAUGGGAUCGAGCACCACCAGCGGUUUGUGGCUCAGUUUAGCUAGAAUGUCAGCGAUACAUUCGAGAUUUGGCACACUAGCAACAUAGCCAACGAUGACGGCGUCGUACUCCAGCCCGAUCUCUACAAGUCCCUCAAAAAUGUCUGCGAUUGUGGCCGCGUCGGUCUUGGAGCCCUUGAAGGUUCUAAAGCCAGGAUGGUUCGACAGGUUCGUUGUGUUGAUGCAAUCGACGUUCCAUCCACGCAGGUUCAAUGGGAACUGGAUCGCUCUGUUACCUACCGUGCCAUGGACAACAUGGGAGGAGAAAGACAGAACGUUCAUCGAAGAUAAGGAAAAAAAAUAUAUGCACUCAAGACUUUAUAAAUUUAUUGUAUAUGUACACUUGCCGUAACUUUAUCCCAAGCUUAUUUUUUCAGACCCAAAGACAGACCUUUCUCUCUUCUGGCAUGCGAAAGUGCAGCAAUGAUGGCGGCACCAACACCAGAUCCGUCCUCGGCCUGUUUGAUCUGGAUAGGGUGGUCCUUCAUGUCGAUACCAUCCCAGCCGAACACGUCGCUCAGGCCCUGUGCUGCCCUUUCUGGGAAGUAUGGGUACUUGAGGAAGACGGAUCCGUCAGCGGCAACGUGGCACUUUUUGUAGUUCAUCUUUUUGCACACGGCAGAGAUACCACAAAUCGAGAGUCUGGCUGCUCUGGUUCCGAUAAAUUGCGACAGCUUUCUCACGUACAGUCUCUCCUCGAAAGUGGUGUCGAUGAAGAGUUUGUUGGAGAACUCAUUCGACACGACGCUCAAUGAAGGGGUGUCGUCAGCCUCAGCGAUAGACAGGAAAGAUGUGUCCAGGAAGUAUGGGGUUUCGAGGUUCUUGAUCUGCUCCGAAGACUCAGUGUAGCUCUUGAAAAUGAGUCCCUUUUUGUAGGUGUCCAGCAUAAUCAUUCUGAGAAGUUCUCCUAGGUAGUAGCCGGAAGUCAUUUUCUCGAAAGACUGUUGUCCCGGUCUUGGAGACUCGUCGUCGAUUCUGAUGUCGAACUUCGUUCUUGGAAGAACCUUGUGUGCAUUAUCGAAAGAACCGUAUUCGCAGUUGAUCAGCAUUGGAGACUCUGGGUCGAUAUCGUCGUAAAGCUUUCCCUUCAGCUUAGGGAUGUUCUUGAUGCGGUCGUAGUAUGCUCCGUUGACACCAGUACCAAAAAUACAGCCCAUCUCCGUGAGCUCGUCUGUGUAUCUCGAUGCAACAAGGGUUCCGCUGGUGUCGUUGAUCAGGGCACCAAUCUUGAUAGGCAGGCCCUUCUUCUCGACCUGUUCCAUCAGAAGAGGCACCACGUCGUGGCCCUCGACAUUAGGAAUAUCAAAACCUUUGGUCCAUCUCUGUAGAACACCCUCAAAAAUGCUGUUUUGCGUGGCUGGGUACGAAAAAGUGAAUCCCAAGGGGAAAACAGCGUCCGAUGGAAUUCCGUCAGGGUGUUUCGACUUAAGAAAGUCUUCCAGACAUUGAGCAAUGAACUCAAACAGCUCGUCUCUGUUCUUGGUUGUUCUCAUGUGGCUUGGGAUGUGGUACUUAGUUUGUUCGGUAGAAAACUUGUGGUCUCCAAGCAAGUGAGCAAGGACAACACGAAGGUUUGUUCCUCCCAAGUCGAUGGCAAGGUAAUCGCCGGUCUCAGAACCGUUCGGGUAUUCCAACACCCAGGCAGGGUUCAUGGGGAUACCGGUAGGAUCUGUUCCGUCCGCGUUACCUCUCUCGAGUUCCUCGAUGAAGUAAUCGAUGAUCUUGUGGAGAGUCUCGGUUGGCACCCAGAACAGCUCCUUGUAGGUCUCGAUCUCUUUAGCCAGGUCUGCUGGCAGCGGUUUGUCGUCGAUACUCAUUAUAGGCUAAAAUAUAAUAAUGUGGUAUUAUUUUUCAAAACAGAGAAUAAAGCUCUUUUUAUAUUCUACUCUGGUGGGCCGGAAAAAUUCUUUAGGACAACGCACCACCCCUCGGCAUACAUUUCUCCAGCGACCUCCACCUAACUCCACUUUCAUCACUAUAAGCAUUUACUGGGGUAGUACCGGGGUCAUACUACUGCAUUAUUCAACAAUAGAAAAGUCUCCAGAUUUAUAAAGAUGUGCACCGGCCCAUGCUGAAAAAGUAAAUCGAAAUUUUCUAGCAAACAAUAGCGACUGGCUUUUUUCGUAAAAUUCGCACACGUUUUUCCGUGGCCAUGCAGGUGCGACAAAAACAGUCGGAAAAAGUCGCCCAUCUGAUGUCAUGUCAAUCCCUCUUCACAUGCCCGCCGUCCACGCAGAGCCGGUAGAAGUAUGAGUCCGGAUUUUCCAGCAACUUUUGCGGGUUGUCGAACUCUUGCACCUCGCCAUUAUCCAGCACCAGCACCCGGUCAUUAUCCAUAACCGAGUCCAGCCGAUGCGCAAUCGUCAAGAUCGUAAGUUUUUUGAACUCGGAUCGGAUCGUUUCCUGAAUAAUUUUAUCGGUCUGCGCGUCGACGCUCGAAGUGGCUUCGUCCAAAACGAGAAUUUUGGCGCGUCUCGUGCUCUCGUUACGAGACUCCUGCGAACGCAAUAGCACGCGAGCCAAGCACAUCAGCUGACGCUGCCCCACGCUCAGAUUCAUUCCGCUCUCACUCAGCAUGCAAUCGAGCCCCGACUCCACUUGCUGCUCUCUCGCCAUUUUGGUCACGUGAUCGGAUAAUCCGGCUAGCUCGAGGCAUCUCCACAGCUGGGUGUCUGCAUACUGCGCCAGUGGGUCCAAGUUGUAGCGGACGGUGCCGUUGAUGCACUGGGCGUCCUGCGGGAUUAUAGCAAGGUUGCUCCGCACGUCAUGCAGGCUUAGCGUGCUGGUAUUGACCCCGUCCACCUCGAUGUGGCCCUCGAUUGGCUCGAUGAUCCGGAACAGCGACAGCAUCAGCGAGGACUUUCCUGACCCCGUGCGGCCCACGAUUCCGAUUUUCUCGCCUGCACGAAUGCUUAAAUUGAUGUUUUUCAGCACCGGGUCCAAGUUGUCCCUGUAGCGCGUCGAGUAGUUUUUGAACUCGAUGGUUCCCUUUGACGGCCAGUUUGGCGGCGGGCUUGCGGGGUUUUUCAGUUUCUCUUCCGGCUCCAGCUUGCAAUACUCGAACACCCUCUCGCAGCACACAAUGUCCGACUCGAUUUCCACCGACCGUUUAACAAUAAAAUUCAAUGAGCUGGUAACUCUGAGAGCAUAGCUCAUCACCAGACCGACCAGACCCGCGCUGAGCGCAUGACUGGUUCGCAGGGAGAGCAGGGCAAGUGUCGAUGUGGAAAAAAUCACCACAGAGCCGAUGAACUGCAGUCUGGUGGACAGCCAUCUGUUAACGGACUUCAUGCAGUAGGCAGAGACCUGGUUGAGGUCGAUGUUGGAGCAGUGCUUGUACACAAAUUUCGACUCCUGGUCGUAAGCCCGGAUGGUCUCUGCGCCGGCGAGCGACUCCUGGAUGUGAGCAAAAAUCGGGCUCUUGGUGAUGGAGACAAUUCGCUUCAGAUCGCGCGAAACAAUAAUGUAGAAUUUCUGGUAGUACAGGUAAACCACCGAGAGCGCAGCAAUGAUGAGCACGAACGGCGGCAUCGUGGAUCCGAUGAUCACGAGAGUGAAUAUAGUCUUGAUGACAGAAUUGAACACCGCAGCAAACACCCGUGGCAACGCAGAGUCGAUCUUGGACAUGUCCUGGCUGAACCUGUUGAUGACUCUUCCCAGCGGUGUUGUUUCGAAAAACGACAUUGGCGACGCCAGCACUGCCGUCGCCAUAUCGUUGUGCAAUUUCUUCGACGCCCGGAUCGAGCACCAGCUCCACAUGAUCAUGGCUCUGAAAAGCGUGAAUAAGCCCGAGCUAACUCCAAAUAGAGCGUACACGCCCACGUACAGACCGACGUGGUCGUUGGAGCCCGUCUUGUCGUUGUGCUCACCCCAGUGCUUCAGCCAGUAGUUGCCACAAACGCUAAGCCCCACAGUGAUGACAAUCAGGCCACAAACGCUGAAAAUCCCCGUGUAGCUGCACGCACGAGCAUAGUUGCGGUACACUGACAGGCUCACGUGACCCUUCUCCUUCUUCUCUUCUGUCUGGGCUGUUCUGCGCUCGAUCUUGGAGAGCGAUUGCUUGCGCCCCAGAGACAGCACGCUGGCCGCCCCAACAGAUUUUCGGGACGCCACCUUGACCAAGUCUGCAGGCUCGACUCCCGCGUACUCGAACCCGCCUUCCUCAAUGUCCCUUUCUAUCUCUGCAACCGUCGAGGCAGACGAGCUCCGUACGUAGGUGGAGUCCUCCUCUUCAGUGUUCUGGCCAAAGUCGGACACCAGCGCAAAUAGCUGGCCUUUAGCAGCCAUCACCUCGUCGAACGAGCCGGACUCGGAAAUUUGGUUGUCGGAAAUCAGGUAUAUUUUUUCUGCGCGACUCAGAACCUUGAUAUUGUUGGUAGCCAAUAUUUUGGCCUUGGUGGAGAGAAUUCCGUCUGGACCCAAAACUUCACGGAUCAGCUUCUGUCCAACGUGGACGUCGACUGCACUUAAAAUGUCGUCCAGCAGAUAAACGUCGGCCCGCAUGUAGACGGCUCUUGCAAGGGCCAGCCGGGCCUUCUGUCCACCGGAGAGACUGAUACCUUUCUCACCAACAAGCGUUUCAUCACCGUCUGGCAAAAUCUCGAGAUCUGGUUUCAGCUGGCACGCCUGUAUCGUCUUUUCGUAGAAAUCAAGCUCAAAUUUGUGACCAAACAGGAUAUUUUCCUUCACCGAAGCGUUCAAGAUCCAUGGGACUUGGGAGCAGUAAGCCACCGAGCCGUGGACUUCUAAUUUCUGUUUCUUUUGGGGGUCCACAGGAAGCGAGCUCAGCUCUCCCAGAAUGCACUGGAGGAACGUUGAUUUGCCGGCUCCCACGCGUCCCACGAUGCAUGUCAAAUGGCCCUUUUUCGCGGUGAAUUUGACGUUUUUCAGUGCAAUUUUGGUCUCGUCAAUAUUCUGCUCCUCGUCAUAGUUAUCCUGGUAUUUUUGGGGAAUUUUCGACCACAAGAAGUUGCAGUUGUCUAUCUCCACGGAAACCGCUCCGAUAUUGGUUUGUUUUGGCAGUCUGGUGAACAGCUCGUUGUCUAUCUCGUCGGCCAGCAAAAAAUUCGUCAGUCUUUUAAGAGACACACCGGACUCAAUCAUUGCAGUCAUGAGUGCCGGAAUUGCAAAAAUCGGAUCGGAGAGAAGGUCAAAGAGCGACAAGGCCGGGAACACGAUUUCGGGCGUGAGCGGCGUUUUCGAGGUGUACGCGAAAAUUGCAAAUGUGGAGCAAGACACAAAGAAUGGAACACAGGUCCAGGCAAAAUUCACCACGGCAGAAAGAAUACCGAUUUUGUUCAGGUUGCGCAGUUCUUUCUCGUUUCUGGCCUCCGACAGUCUCUCCAGCAUUGGCUUUUCCCAAGCGUACAGUUUGAUAGACUUGACAUUUUGCAACAACUCGGCCACCAGCGAGGUCCGGUGGUCCUUGAGAGUCAUCUGCUCACGGUGGAAUUUCCGCAGACUCCGCACGAGGUACGCGUUGAUUGGCAUCAUGAUGGCCAUAGUGCCAAUUCCUGCCCACGUAGCAUUGCCAAGCAGCGAAUGGAGCGACCACAAACAGAGCACAAGUCUCGUCGGAGCACUAAAUAGCGUCUGGACGUAGGAAGUCAGUUCUUGCAACCGUGUCACAUCCACCGACAUCAGAUUGACAAUAUCACCGGUUGAGCGCUGCAGUCUGCUUUCUGGAGACAAUUUGAUCGAUUUCGAGUAAACCAGGUUCAUCAGGCCAGCCUUGGUACCCAGAGAGGCUUCAACGGUCUUUAUAAAAUACUGGUUGUACAUCAGAGCUUCAAAGAGCGAGAGAACGAACAUCGCAAUAGCCAGUGAGAACCCAAUGAUAAUCGGCGGAUCGUCUGUCCUGCUGAAAAACCUGAUCAGCUGUUUGAGCAGCUGUGGCUGGAUAAAAGAAGUGAUACUGUCUGACAUGUCGUAGAAGAGCGAGAUCAUAACAGGGAAGCCAAACGAGCGAAUCAGUGCCAUUAGCAGUGAUGGUCGGCUUUUUGACAGCUCCUUGCGCCACUGCUGCUCAAUCUUGGGGGCUGCGUACGCAGUGGUGACCAAAACUGGCGGCGGUGGCAGGUCACUGUGAUCCAAGCUUUUUUUCCGAUAUCCAGUCAUGAUGAGGUCAUUCAUCCAGGUGAACGUCAUGAGAGAAACAAUAUUCACCUGGGUUGUAUCAAUGUUGUGUUCAAUGCAGAAAUUGAUCAGCUCGUAGGAAACAGGGUGUUUCCAGUACUCGGCUGCCGUGAUUGUCAAACCCAAAGCCACCAUCAGGUCCAGUAGAAUAGCGUUGUCGACGAGCUUGUAAGAGCUGAAUCUUUGCUGGAAUGCCAUCAUGGCCACGAGCAGGGUCUGAAGUGGCCAAAAGAAGAGCAACGGCCCUGGCUGGACAAGGAAACGGGCCGUCUCUAUGCUAUGGAGCAAAAAAGCUAAGCACAGCGUAAUCAAAUGCAGAGUGUACACGGCGGACUCCAGACUCGAGAAACUAAAUUCAUGGAACUCGAGCACAUAGGCCACCACAAAUGCAGCAACCAGCCCCAGCUUGAUCCGCUGGUAUCUGGUCGAGGCGCCCUUACAGCUAGCUUUCCGGAUGCCCCCAAAGCAGAGCUGUUGAAGACAGCAAAGCCCAAAAAUCAGCGAAAACACACACCACAGAAGCGCAACAAAACAUCCGUUGAGCGCGCUCGACGUGGGACUAGCUAGCGGAG